GUACUCGAGUAGCAACACCACUAUAAACCACCACGAUGCCCGACAAGGAUGCUGGAACACCAAGAGUCUUUCUCGUCAGACACGGUAUGUACAUUUCUUCUCUCUGAGACUUCAUUUGCGUCUGCUUCUACCCCAACCCAAUAGCUCCACCACAGCCCAUGAAGUCUGACCUUAGUCCAGGGGAGACCGAAUGGACUAUCUCAGGUCGCUAUACCGGACGCAGCGAUCUUCCCCUAACACCCAACGGCGAAUCGCAAGUCGCCAGUUCCGCAAAAGUUAUUGUCGGUCCUGGGAAAAUCGUUGAUCCUUCGAAACUCGCCCGGUUGUUCAUCAGCCCAAGAACAAGAGCCCAACGCACAUUCGAAAUUCUGUUCGACGGGUCACAGCAGAAGGAUCUCAGAGAGAAAGCCGAGACGUCGGAGGAUAUACGGGAGUGGGAGUAUGGUACCUAUGAGGGUCUCUUGACUGCUCAGAUAAGGUCAGCUCGCAAGGAGAAAGGGCUAGAUAAGGAAAGGCCCUGGAACAUCUGGACGGAUGGAUGUGAAGAAGGCGAAUCCCCCGCCGAAGUUUCCGCACGGCUGGAUCGUAUCAUUAGCACAAUAAGGGAGAUCCAAGGCCCAUACAUGCACGGAGAACAGGGCGUGGACGUGCUAUUGAUUGCACACGGGCACAUCUUGAGGGCUUUCGCAAAACGCUGGAUUGGUUUCCCUCUGAGUACUAGUCUACCCAUGAUGUUGGAGCCUGGAGCCAUUGGAAUAUUAAGCUACGAGCAUCAUAAAGUUGAUGAGCCAGCGUUUCUCCUGGGUGUCAAUAUGGGGGCCAGCGAAUAG